AUGAGUUGGAUGGCAAACCGAGUUACUAGUCGAGAGGAAGACAUCACUUACAGCAUGCUCGGCAUCUUCAACGUAUUCAUGACGCCCCAGUAUGGCGAAGGGCCCCGCGCAUUCCAGCGUCUGCAGGAAACGAUACUAUCUAGUCAGGCGAUGGACGAAUCUCUGUUUGCCUGGAGAAUGCCCGAUGUCAGCCACGGUGAGACAGUCCAUGGCACGAAUGAAGGUUGGGCACCCGACGAAUGGGGUCUCCUUGCCCCAUCGCCCAAAUGGUUCAAAGAUUGUGGAAGCAUGACCUGUACCGACGAGCUGCCUUCACGUAUCUUCACUUGGACAACGCAAGGCAUCGAAGGCAACUUCAUCAGGAUCAUGGAUAACCGCAAAACCGUAUCGAUGGGAGCCCUGACGGGUUUUUGUCUCGGAUCAAUUGUUUGCUUGCCCUGUGGGAUCUUGAUGGUUGUUCACGGAAUUCGCUACUUGAAGAAAAAGUUCUAUGGAGAUUACGCCUUUGUGUUGAACUGCUUUGACACAAAUGCUAAAGGGGAGACAACGCGAGUCAAUAUCUUCCUCCGUGUCUUGCAAAAACCAACUGAGCAAAAGAUGACGGCAUUCGCCCCCCAAAUACCCGGUUAUCGGCGAGUUCGAUGCACCGAACUUGGCACCAAGGAAAAGGCUACUCCUUGCAAUUCAAGGCACAAAGCUGUGGUGUACCAGCCAGUGCCACAAAUUUCAGAUUAG